CAUAGAUCACAUUUGGAUACUUCACACGGUGGCUGUGUGACCGGGGAGAGCGAACUCGGACUGCGACGGGAGUUUUCAUUCACAAGAUUCGCCAGUGAUGCCCAGAGCUCCCCCCAUGAUUUUUUAUUUGAAUUUUAAAGCGAUUACCUAUUGCUCUAUUAUGCAAAACAGUUUGUGCGAGCUUGCAGUUGCCUGGCUAGAUAGUUAACCUGCCGACUCUACCCAAGGAAGUCCAGCGGAGCUUAGUUAGUUAGCAAGCUAGCUAGCAGACACCGGCUAACGCCGAGUUAACGACGGAGGUCGCAAAUCUUCACAAUGCAGCGUUGGAUCCGCUGUUGGACUAGUUAGAAUGCAGCAGGCCAGGACGGUGAUAUUAUGUAGUCAGCUGGCAUAUUUAGACUUGGUUAAUAAACUAUCUUAAACGUUGGUCGUAUUUCAGACAGGUUCAUAGAUAUUUAGUUAACUUGGCUGAAAUCUACCCUCUUGCUAACGAGCUGUUUUCUACAUUCAGGAUUUGCAUUCCUAUAGCUGGCGGCGGCGCUUUGAAAGCGUCACCUCAACUUAUUGGCUAAUGUAGCUGACGUUAAACCAUAGUCUAGCUAGUGUUGUGUUCAGGCUGAAACGUAGCUAAGAUGAUUUAGGUUGCUUAUCUUGGAUAAGCAAGGACAUGAGUUGUCGAUAGUUGUGAACCCUUCAUCUAGCCAGCUAGCAUUAAUUGUUAAAAAUACAUCCGUGAUAGUCAUCUAAUUUAAACAAUUUUAACUAACGUUAGUUAGCUAUGCAGUUGCCACUUUUAAUCUUAUUUUGUUUAGGCUAGAUUUGAAUGCAUUUUAGCUGAUGUUAGCUAGCUAGCACAACUAAAGCGAACAAAAGACCAAAGUUGAAUUUGACCAGCGAGCGAACCAAUGUUUUAUACUUUCAAAAGGGUGCUGGUUAGUCAGCUGAAGUAAAGAUGUCUUUCAUAGAAAGUUUCUUCGCUUAUUUUAAUUUAAGUAGUUUACAUUGGCUAUGCAUGGUCACACUGUUUAUCGCCUCUAUUGUUACGGUGCUUGUGUAUCUUGUGCAAUAUUUCUUCGGCGAUUUGCGAGCUGGUAAUGUUAGUCCACCUGAAAUUAGAAAAUGGGACGAAGCGGACGCCCUACUGAAUUGGGCGCUGUCACUGAAAAGCUGGAAGUGUCAGUGGAAGAAAGCCUGGAUCAGAACGUUGAACGAAGAAGCGAAGAAGCCCACGAGAGGUGUGCAGAUAACCUUUGAAGAGGAUGAUGUUCAGGCCUCCGAACUGGCGGUCAGCCACGUAUCAAGCUUUAACAAAUCUACCGAGUUGAAGAAUGUGUGCUGUCGGGUGGUGGGAGACCGACUGCAGGUCUCCUUCACUGCCACUCCGAAAGAUGCCCCGCCCGCCACCAGCCCCCAGACGUACAACCUCAAAAUCUCUCCGCUCCAACUGCAGCUGGACCUGCAGAUGCGGGAGGUGUCUGAGGAGGUGCAGGUGGCGUGGACGCUGUCUAACCUGGAGGUCUGGGACCUGCAGGUGACACCCAGCUCCGCGCAGAGUGGUGUCGGGGGCCCCAGCGUGUCUGUGAUCAGGGACAGACUGCGGCAGCUCCUGUGUGGGGCUCGUCCCUCAGUCCUGCUGAGCAGCCGGCCUGCCCAGGCUACAGAGCUGAAGGAAGCGCAGGCGAAGGCGUCUAAGCUGGCGUCCCCGCCCAAGCCCCCCCGCGCCCAUGACUGGAAGCUGCUGGUGAAGAACAUCAAGGUGACGUGGAGAGAGGAGGACGACGGUGCUGCAGGCAGCACCAACCCCUACUGCGUCCUCCAGCUGGACGACCCGGCUCAGAAGGUCUCCACGUCCGUGUCCAGGGCCACCUCCAACCCCUCCUGGGACCAGCCCUUCAUCUUCGAGCUGAGCGGGCGAUCAAAAGAGCUCAACAUUCAGGUCCUGGACGAGGGGCAACCGGAGGAGAGUGCCCUGAUUGGCCAGGUUUCGGUGCCCUUUGACCUUGUUAAGAAGCAGCCCAAAGGACAGCAGACGUUUGCACUUAUGAAUAAAGACCAAGUGGCUGGGACACUUUCUACUGAGUUCAGGUAUCUGGAGCCCAGUGAGGUGCGGUCCUGGCAGACCCCCACCCCCGCCCCCACCAAAAAGGUGGAGAUGGACCGCACGGUCAUGCCCUGCGGCACCGUGGUCACCACCAUCACCGCGGUCAAGAGCAAGCCGGGCCGGACCCUGCCCCACGCGCUCAACGGAGAAACGCCCUUCAAGGCUCCGCCCAAGUCCAAGCUGUCGGGAAGACGAGUGUCAGAGCAGCACUCUGUGUGCGGAGCCACCGUCAGCAAGGCCUUGUCCUCCUCCGAUACAGAGCUCCUGAUCCUGAACGGGACGGACCCUGUGGCCGAGGCCGCCAUCCGCCAGCUUCACCAGUCCGCCAAGCAGAAGCUCAAGUCCCCCGUGAAGAAGAGCACCAUCAUCAUCUCAGGAGUGGCUAAGACCCCUCUGUCACAGGACGAUGAGAUGGCCCUCAUGGCUGGGUACGCCGCCUCUAUGGACGCCUCCAUGACCGAGGGCCCCUGCCCCGCCUCCGACGGGGCCACGGGGGGCCCCACCGAGGCCCCGAGUCUGGCAGACCCCCAGGAGGGCCCCGGCGAGGCGGGGCCCGAGGAGAACUGGGACAACCAAUCGGAGCAGGACCCCGACGCGGACAAGAAGUCGGCACUGUCCCUGUGCAUUUCCGAGUCGGGCUCCAAGAAGGGGAGAGGCAGCUUCCUGCGCCAGAGCGCCAGGCUCUUCUUCCGCCGGCGGCACCAGAGGAAGGACCCCGGGAUGAGCCAGUCGCACAACGACCUGGUGUACCUGGAGCAGCCCGUGGCCGUGGACAAGGAGCGGAGGACCGCCACCUUCAGCCGCAUCAUCAACCGCAAGCUGCUGCCCAAGAGCCGGAGCAAAGCCAACGGGUCCGCGGGCGAGCCGCCUCCGCACUGACCCCUGGAGAGUGAGGCCGCCUCCGCGCUGAGCCCGGAGAGCGAGCGAAAGGACGCACUUUAGAUACUGUACGAAGAACCGGGGUGGACGCCUGCUCAGUUCAGAGCGUUUCGGGGGGGAGGCCGGGGCGCCAUGACCGUAUAACCGACUUAACUAACCGCAAUGGACCGCGUUUCGUUUUUUUUUUGUCUAUGAGAACCGUGGCCUUCUAACCCAAGAUGAGGAAUGCAGUGGCCAUGUUAUGAAAAAAAUUAUUUCUCCUUUCCUCCCUGAGUAUAGCCACGUUUAUUGACUUUGGGGAGGGGGGGGGGUGGGUGGUUGCCGGUUGUUUACCAAAAGGAACCAAAAAGUGGUUUUUGCACAUUUUGAAGAGACAAUGAAGACUCUUUCUCACUUUAACCCAGGCUUGUUCUGGACGCAUUGCUGAUCUAGCUAAAUAGGCUACACUGGGUUAUAUCACAAUGGGAGUUUACUAUCAAGACAAAGGGAGACCAAUUGAUUGCGCUGCAUGGCUCAUUCCGUUACGAAGCUGUUAGGCUACUUGAAUCCAACGGGUUUUUUUUACCUGUUAGUACUUCAAGGUCCAUUUUGAUAACAUAACCUCUAACAUAAUAACAUCUCCAUAACCCAUUCAGCUACUGUGAAAAGACUGCAUAUUGAAGACUACAUGAGUUAUGAGUCCAGUAUUUGAGCUGUCACUCAAAGCAGAGACUUCCAAUUAAGUGGCUUGCUUACUUUUAGGGAAUUCGUUAAUCAAAAUGAAAUGUACACGCAAGGUAAUGCUAAUAGAUAAAAGUAGGUUAAAAACACUCUCACAAGCCAUUGCAGCCUGAAAUUACAGAGCUACACAGCGUCAUUCAUCGGAACGAGGAACUGCUUAAAACCUACAUUCUGAAUGUUCUUGCCUUUCAAAAUAACGAAUGUUAGCAUUUGAAAAGCAUUAUGCAAGUGAUUACCGUAGAUUUUACUUCUCUCGUUUUCCAGCAACACUACAAUUUUGUAAAGGGGUUUAACGUGUGCAGUGUGGCACCAGCGACCUGGAACGGAGGAAACACUAUCAUGAGAGACUGCAGUUGCGGCGGGACGCUGAAACGCGAUGCGGUCGCCGUAGUUGCUUCAUUGACUACUGUUUGUUUUUAUGUUUUAAGAGCUUAGACGUAUGAGGAAUUUAAAGUUUACUGGGAUGGCGUUUUUCUUUUUCUUUCAUUUUUUUAAAUAUUUCAAUUAUGAUUGUACAUUUAUUUUCCUAUGCAGGUAAAACUUUUUUAUAUAUAGAAGAAACGGCACCUAAAUAUCAGUUCAUUCGAUGAUGUACUACUGUUCUUCCUGAAUGAGCCUAGCAAGAAACUUGCUAACCAUACACACAAAAACAUAAUGCAUUAGAUGACAAAAAUCGGUGCAGUACAUCCACUAUAGGUUCAAUUAAUAGCCAAUGACUCAAAGCCUGCUUUUUACCAUGCACUGGAAGACUGAUGGAGAUUAUGAGCGUAGUGCUAGCAGCUAUCAUGAGGUAUUUCAUGUAUUCAGCCGUUUGACUUUUGAAGCCUCUUCAUGGUGGUGUUUUUACCGUCUGUUGUUGGAAAUCCACUUUAGUCUUUUUGAACCUGCAGCCGUGAGAAGAAAUCAUGAGAACUUCUGCAUGGGUGGCUUUGAUAAAUCAUAGAUAAAAGAAAAAAUCGAAUUGUGCAUUAUUUGGAGUAAAGAAAAAUACAUACACAUACGUUUCCUGGUCUUAUGCCUGAAUCUAAAAGAGUACCUGCUUGGCCAACAGCUCUGUUUGAGGUCCAAUGUACAGAAUUGGUGGAAAAAAAUGGCUUCUUCAUUGCAUGCUGUGGGUUGGUUAAACUACAACACCUUUUAGAGGUUUUUAAAUUGGGCUAUAUUUGACCAUGGUGGAUUCAUAUUUACUUGAGCCAGUGGUGUUUUCCAGUAGUACGAUUUUUUUUCCCUCCACCAUAGGCCUACUGAUGAACACAUACAAAUUAUGGCCCAACUGCUAUAUAUAGAAAGCGAAAAUAAAAAACAGGGAGUACAUUUGAGGGAAAUUUUUAUGUGGCAGACUCGAUUCUGAGCCUAAUGAGUCUUAAAAAAAUGCAUACUUGUAUAAUGUGCUGAUGGCUUGUAAAUAAACUGCUUGCUGACAUUUUAUAUUCACAUCAGUUCCAUCUAAUAAAUGGAGCCGUGGUGUAUCUUAAUAUAGAUCGUCAGUCAGUGCAAUGCAGGGAUUAUCACCAGUUAACAUAUCAGGAUUAUAAUUUUGAGCAAUAAACAUUGAAUAACCACGAUGCUGUGCCGUUGUUUUCAUUGUAUAACACUGAAAUAAAACUCGUGCACUACCAGAA